UUCGUGCCUAUCUUAUUUUAGAUCAAGAACGAACAACAUCGGGUUCAAUACAUUUAUAAAUUAGUAGUAUACAUAAAAGUAUUGACGUAUAUUGCUAAUUUGAAAUGUUAGCCAUCUUACAUAUUGUGAUACUGUUGGUGAUACCAAUAGUGAAUGGUUUUAGAAAUGGGGAAAAUAUACAAGGAGCUAGUGAACAACUGUAUUGUGGUCGUGAACCAUUAAGAAGAUUACCAUUCCAUGCAUCUGAAAGAUGUGAUGGUGCUUGUGCACCCCAGACAGACGAUCCACCAUAUCGUAUUGUUUUAGAAAGUGAUGAAUCAACAUAUUGGGACGAUGAUGUCAGAAUCUCUCUUGUAACUAUUGAUGAAGACAGUAACUGGAGAGUUAAUGGUUUUUCUAUUUUUGCCCUGGAUACAGACGAUAAAAUUGUAGGGGCAUGGGCACCAGAUGAUAUUGUUCAGUUGACUUGUGGUAGCUCUGCAGAAGGCAUGACUGCUGUCCACGCAGUCGCUGAUUCUACCAGAACCCGAGUCAAUGUCAGAUGGACACCGGCAGGAAGAAAUCUUGGCAACGUGACUUUUAGAGCCGUUGUUGUUCACAGUUUAAGUUUAUUCUGGAGUAUAGCUUCUGACCGUACUCUAUUUCCAGCCAGAACAGGUGAAGAUAUUAUAGAUAUUGCUACACACUUUGAUGAACUAAUUAACGAUACUUUGGUAGGGGAUAACAUAGAUCUAGAACAUAUGCCAUCCAUCGAUUUAUUUGAAAAAACUUUCACAAACAGAUUUGAAUCUGGCUGGGAUCCUGAGGAUUUGUUUGGUGCGUUCAAUCGCGAUGUGACUAUGGAUGACUUCUAUUUCGAUAAUCGUAGAGAAGGCACUUUUACUUCUCCCUUUGGUGGGCCAUCAACGAGAUUUGGCGAAAAUCAACCCGAUUCGAUCGUUAAUCGUUUCCUUAAUGGUGGAUUCCCUGGUAUGUCACCUCCUUCGUCAAUGUUUGGACAAUCUCAAAAUGGAUGGAACCCCAUGGGUGCGUUUGGUAACACAAAUCAACAACAAAAUACACCACCAUGGAUGCAAGGUUUUCCAGGAAUGCAAAAUAACAUGCAAGGAGGAAUGAAUAUGUGGGGAAACAAUCAACAAUUUGGACAAAAUAAUAUGCAGCCCGGCAUGCAACAAAAUAACAAUAUGUUUGGAAAUAAUCAACAAUUUGGACAAAAUAAUAUGCAGCAAAAUCAACAAAAUCCUUUCCAAAAUUUUCAACAAAUGCCACAAAAUAAUAUGUUUGCCAACAGGCCACAGAAUAACCCCCAGAUGCCCGGAGGAAUGUUUGGUAAUAUGCCACAAGGUUUGCCACCUGGUAUGGGCGGACCUCAAGGUGUUCCACAAAAUAACAUGUUUGCCAACAUGCCACCUGGUAUGGGCGGACCUCAAGGUAUUCCACAAGGAAUGGGAGGGCAACAGGGAAUGUUUCCAGGAAUGAGUGGUAAUGGUAUGAUGCCGGGCAUGCAAAUGGGUAUGCAGCCAGGUGUAGGGAUACCACAAGGAAUGGGCAUGCCACAGGGGUUAGGCGGAACGGGAUUCGGAACCCCACAAGGAUUAGGUGGUGCAACAGGAAAUGUGGGGACGCCUCCGGGAAUAGCAUUGGGUGGCCCUCCAGGUGCAGCUGGUGGCCCCACAGGUGCUACUAGUAGUUCUACCUCCAUUUUUGCUUUAUUUGGUAGAAAAUAAAUCAUUGACCUUGAGGUAAUUAUUUUAUUGUUUGAAUAAUUCAUGAUUAAAAUCAUUAUCAUGUUCUGUACUGGUAGCAUUUUAAUAUUGUAGAA